AUGAAUGCUAAGUGGUUGAGUGAGACAUUAGAUAAUUCACUACAUGAAAAUCCGAAUUUAAAGAUAAAUGAAAUACACUCAAAAGCUUUGAGGAAAUGGAAUAGUAAUGUCACAAUUUCUAAAGCUCGUAGGGCAAAGAUAAUUGCAUUUUGCAAAGUUGAAGGUAGUUAUAAAAAUCAGUUCAAAAGAAUAUAUGACUAUGCACAUGAAUUAUUGAGAUGUAACCCUGGAUCAAUAGUAAAAGUUAAAGUGGAUAAUGACAAUGGUGAGACAACAUUUCAGAGGUUCUACGUUUGUUUGAAAGCUUGCAAGGUUAGCUUCCUCUCUUGUAGGCCAUUUAUUGGUUUGUAUGGAUGUUUUUUGAAAGGAAAGUAUAAGGGAGAGUUAUUAACAGCUAUUGGUAGAGAUCUUAAUGACCAGAUGUUACCUCUGGCAUAUGCAAUUGUUGAAGUAGAGAACAAAGAUAGUUGGACAUGGUUUUUGGAGUUGUUGAUAGAAGAUCUUGGGGGUGCUGAAGGUUUACUGCCAGCUAUGUCUGAACUUUUACCUGGGGUAGAGCACAGAUUUUGCAUGCGACACUUAUAUGCAAAUUUUAGGAAAAUGUUUUCUGGGCAAAACUUGAAGAAUCUGAUGUGGAAGGCUGCUGCAAGUAUUGGUCUAGAUCUAGAUUUACAGGUCGAGCACUUUGUGAUACACUAA